GCUGUUGGGUGUCUUCGCCUCGGCUUUCUUCUUUUUCACUUCGUUUUUAAUCAUUCCUUCUCCAGUCAGGGCCAGUUCGUUCUUUUUGGCUGCUGACCGGUUGCUGGACUCUUCAAUCCGGCGUUUAAACGUGUCGCGUGUAGAGUCUUUUUGCAUCAUUAGGACUGAUUGCCCCUCGAUUUGACAAUGGCGGCGACUCUCCUUGACAAGCUGCCGGUCCCAACCGUCGACCGGCCGUUCGGCAUCGAACUUUGGCCCAUUUUCAACAAGGCCUUCGAGUAUGUUGUCGGCUAUCCGGCCGACGACUUCAGGUUCCGGCCCGGUGUAACCCCCAUGUCAACUCUAAAGGAAACGAGCAUUUUCAUCGUCAUAUACUACGCAGUAAUCUUUGGCGGUAGAGAACUUAUGCGCAACCGGGAGCCCUUCAAGUUGCGCAGUCUGUUCUUAAUCCACAACUUCUACCUUACCGCCAUCAGCGCAAUUCUGCUCGCACUCUUCAUCGAGCAGGUCUUCCCCACCGUCGUCCGCCAUGGCAUCUUCUAUGCCAUCUGCGACUCCGAUGGUGGUUGGACCCAGCCCAUGGUCGUCCUCUACUACUUGAACUACCUGACCAAGUACCUCGAGUUGCUGGAUACAUGCUUCCUCUUCCUCAAGAAGAAGCCCCUGACGUUUCUACACUGCUAUCACCACGGCGCUACUGCUCUGCUCUGCUACACGCAGCUCAUCGGCUCGACAGCGGUAUCAUGGGUCGUCAUCACACUAAACCUGACUGUCCAUGUCGUCAUGUACUGGUACUACUUCCAGAGCGCCCGUGGCAUCCGCAUCUGGUGGAAGGAGUGGAUCACACGUCUCCAAAUCAUCCAAUUCAUCAUCGAUCUGGGCUUCGUCUACUUUGCCUCUUACACCUACUUCACGUCGACCUACUGGCCGUGGAUGCCCAACGUUGGAACAUGUGCGGGCGAGGAGUUUGCAGCGUUCUCGGGGAUCGCCAUCCUUAGCUCGUACCUUGUUCUCUUCAUCUCGUUCUACCUGGCCACGUACAAGAAGGACGGCAAGCGGCCUAGUGGGCGCAAGGCGGUGCGGAGAAUGAGCCAGGCCCCGUUGCCUGAUCCGAACCAACUUCUCCACGGCAAGGUCGUGGACGGCAACGCGAACGGCACCAACGGCGACGCCAAGGCAUCCGGCGUCAAGACGAACGGUAUUGCCACUCGCUCCCGGAGAGCCUAACUCAGCGCGCAGCGAAACCGACCCCAAGGUGAUCCCCCCGGACGGUUCACUUGAAAGUCACGGGCAUGUUCUAUUUAAGUAAAAACUUUACAGCGUUAGAUCCAUUCUAAUAAGUGUCAACGUUUUCCACCGUC